AUGGAAUUAGAUUAUAAAAAAAUUCAAACGGAACGAUUACCCACUUUAUACGAAGUUCUUAUACAAAAAACCAAAUUUCCGGUGGACUUGUGGUCAUUUUAUACAUUCCUUUCACAAUUCCCAUACGCUAUCAAUUAUCUAGAUUUUUGGAUUGAUUUAAUGGCUCAUUUGCGUCUUUGUAAAGAUUAUAUUAGUGGAAUAAGAGAAUCAAUAACAUAUAAUCAGAAUGAGGCAAGAAACUCGCGAAUUCGUCAUCAUCUUCAAUACACAAGUGAAGAAAGCAUUCAACACGAAACACAGUCAAUUCAACACCAUGAUGAUCCAGAAGGUGGUGACGAGGAUGAUGACGAUGAUGAUAAUAUAUCAGUAACUACAUCAGUAUUGUUGAAUGCACUGUUAGAUGAAGGUCACCUAGAUUUUGAAAAUCCUGAACGAGUAUCACAAUUCUUACAAGGCAAUACAGAAUAUUCACCAAAAUUAUCUCAGUUGUUAGAAGAUUGGAAACGUCAUUCUAUUGCGAAUAACGAUUCUAAUAGGAAGGGAUCAUUGAAUAGGAAUAAUUCAAAUGUUCGCUCUCGAGAAACCAAUGGAGCUGCCUUACCUGAUGUGGUCGAUGACAUAUUAAGAAAACAAUCUCAACAAGAGGAGAGAGCUAAAAUCACUACAAAACAAUUAUUAAAUAACGCUUUGAAAAUAUGUUCCAUAUACCUACAAUCACCCGAAAGAAGUGAAAGAUACUUGACGAAUCUACCUGAUGAUAUACGAUUGAAAGCAUUAAAUUUAGUACAAAAUGAACGCAGACAUGAUCCACAAGUCUUUGAAGAAUUGAAAAGUAUUGCGUUCCAAUUUCUGGAAAUGGAUUGUUUCCCAAAGUUUUUAAGUACUGUGGCUUUACAUAAUAUCCAUGAUGAAAUAUCAGAUUGGAGAUUCCACUCAAAUGCGAGGUCUCAUAAUUUAACCAGAGUAGAUAAAAGUUUGAUCAAAAACCAUGAUCAUAUUUCCAAAUCCCCAUUUUCUACAUAUACUUUAUUAAGUAGAACUAUUUUUGGAUUACUUUGGCUAGGCAUAGGAUUUUGGAUUGGAUAUACUUUAAUAUUUUUAAAAUAUGACAGAGGUAUUAGAGUUGUAACCAUUGUACCCUUUGCCAUUGGAAAUUAUUUUAUUAUAUGUGGUAUGUAUCGAGUAGAUAUAAUUUACUCAUGGUUUGGUGUUACACAAAGAUUACUAUAUAAGCAUAACGAGAAGAAUAGAGACGCAGACCGGGAGGUUCAAAUGGAUGAGAAGAAUGGGAAAAACCAUCAUGUGUCUGGAAUUCUGGCACUUUUAGGAGGCCGGUCAAGACUAAUACGAAUUGAGCAUCCAUUCAUUAAAAAUAUUCUUAUGAAAAGGGGAUUAUGGUGUUUAUUCUUAGUUUUAUUAUCUACCGGGAUAUUUACCGUAAUAUUUAGUUGCGUACCGGGCUAUAGAAUUUAA